CGUUUUCUUUGUCUUUCUUGCGAGGAACUUCUCUCUCUUUCAUUUCGCUUUGUUUUCAUCUUCGAGGGGAAAUACGUUGACGUGUAUUGAGCGCGCAUUGCGGUUCCAAGAACGUAAAUACUUGGAAAAUCACCCGUUAAACCCUCUGCGCAUGUCUGUCAGGUCUGGGGAAAUCCAUUGGCGCGGGAAAACCCCUAUUUCGUUCUUUCACUUUCCAGUGGCAAUUUUUGCACUUUUUUAUGUUUGAUGGAAAUUAACCGCAUUACGUAUGCCAUUGAAAUAAUUUUACGGCUUUGUGAUCAGCAUAUUAGAAUGCAACUUAACCAGCAAUUAAACCAACUUCAUGCAUUGAUUUCGAUGUAAUAUAUAACCAGGGAGCAGCGUGGCAGCGUCUUCAGAUAACUCAGCAUCAAAUGUUGUAUAACAACUAUACCACAACUAUAACAAGGAAUUUAAUAUAACAACUGCCUAAAAUAGACAAAACACUUCUCGACGUUUCGACCUGAUGGCCUUCGCCAGGAGAGAAGUGUUUCGUCUAUUUUAGGCCGUUGUUUAUUAAUUUCGUAGCCUUAUAAGGUGGUGUUGAUAAUCGCCUAACAACUCGCAACAGAGGAAACUUUGAACGAGAAAAUGAAAGUAAGAGUUAAAAGUUUAGCGCAACAAAAUGCAUACAAUGCAUUUAGUAAUCGAAACUAUACGAAAAGACUGAUUAAUAUAUGAUAUAACCGAUCAGUCGACGAAAAUAACUCCAAACUAAGAAGUGAGAUUAAUAUUCCCGUUGGCUUUUUAGACCCUGGAGGUCCACCAGCUUGAUCUAAGAGAUGUUUUAUAUAUACGUAAGAUCAUACUUGCAUGGGAUGAUAUAGGCUCCGUGUGCAUGACUGAUCGAUUUGGCAGCACUGGGAUUGGCAGAAGAUUUGUGUAUCUUUUGUAAUUUACUAUAUUUAGAAGUUUGUAUGUCAGAUCACAGUUAAAAUUCCUCGUGCCUCUUGAACAAACCUUUUAUCAAACGUGUCGACCUGCAUGCAUACAUUUCACAAGUGACCCCUUAUGAUUAAAAAUACAUGCGACCUUAAUGCACAACAAAUUGCCUUUUACGAGUGAAACAUUUUUUAUUGUUUUUGUGUCCAAAUCAUUACAAACAGGAAUGCAGGUGGAAGGUGUUGUCUAAACGGGUUGCCAACACGUCCAACACUGCAAAACAAAACCAAGAACCUGAUUGGACGAGCCAAUGAUGAUAUAAAUACCGUAAGCGGGUGGCUAACACCACUCCAACAUUUCAAAAUAAAACCAAGAACCUGAUUGGACGAGGCAAUGAUGAUGUAAAUGCUCUUCUAGGAAGAAAGUGCCUGUAUUACGCCAUAGAAAAAUCCCCUUUCUAUUGAUCCGGCGUGUGUAUAAAGGUCGAAUGCGCUAUGGAAUUUUUCACAGUUGUUAUUAAAGCUGUGAAGAGAUGUUUCUCGCAUUACCAAAGAUAUUACAAUAUAAUAAAAUGUCACCCAACGAUUCCCUGGGCAUAGUUUCUCUGUCGAUGCUGACUGGAUUAUUCCUGACGAUAUUCUACAAACGUGACUUCAAAUUUCAUGCUCACCUGAGAUGUCGAAUGGGGCAUAUCGUUUGCCUAUCCCUAAUGUGGGGGUUAGUGUAUCUGACAGAUCAGAGUGCCUUCGAAGUCGUCGUCGCUAUUGGAACACUGGUUUAUGUGUUGAAAGAACAGAGGUUCAGUUUAGCAUCUGAAGAGAAAGUAAAGUGUCUUGCAUUGGGUAUCUCGUUAAUGAUCGCCUACUUUUCGGAAUCACAAACUUUGACUCCUCUUGCAAUUGUUUUUGCGCUAACUCAACUCCUGCGCUGGCCUAUUGACUUAAAGAAUCGCCUUCGUGAACUCCGUAUAGUCUGUGGUCCAGUGUAUACGAUUUUUGCUGUCGGAAGUUGGCUCCAAUCCAGUCCAACUUCAAACCUCCUCCGUUCUGCUGCUUUCCUCUCUCUGGUGGCAUCCAUAUUCCUCCGACCAGACAAUAAUGAAGUUUUGAAAGUAUUGAACUAUUUUGGGUCCAUCCCGAGCUCUCAUUCUCGAAAGAUUAUUCAUGGAUUUUGCAUGUUCGCUAGCUUUAUCUUAUGUUUCCUGUACUUUGUAAAUGUUGUCACCACAAGCACUGUGAACACUUGUAUUUUUUGUAUUUUAUGUUUUGUUGCGGUGGUCAAUAUUGCUAUGUAUAUAUUUGUGGCUGAGUUUCCCCGCUUUGCAGUUAAGUGGCUUAAAGGCACAUGGAAUAACUAUGCUUUUAGACUAUGUAGCUAUAUAACUGGAAACACUAAUUUAUGUGCUAUAUUAACAACACGAGUUAAGACAAAAACAUAACAACAAAAUCAAUUUAAACAGUAUCAGAAAAGAUAUGUACAUAAUUUUUAUGAAUGUUCAAUGUUACAUUACGUAACCUCUUAUUUUAGUGUUCUUUGUAUCAAAAUUUUGUGAUAUAUUUACUGUUUCCUUCAGUCAGGCUAUGGUUGUAAAAAUAGAGACGAUUUAUUGCCAAGUUUAGACAAAAUUGAUUUGUGAUUUCCGAUUUU